AUGGCCCUGAAGCGACAGAAGGAGAUGCAGUUGCAGAAGCUGCUGAGACCACCACUGUUGAUCGCUUUACGACUUGGCAUCAUGGUGAACCCAGUUCAUUACUUUACUGUUAUUUUUGGCCAUGAAGGGCAGAAGCCCCUGGAGCUCCGUUGCGAGGAUGAAGUUGAUGGAGAAGAAUGGGUAGAAGCUAUUCACCAAGCUAGUUAUUCAGAUAUUCUGAUUGAAAGGGAGGUGUUAAUGCAGAAGUAUAUUCAUCUCGUCCAGAUUGUAGAGACUGAAAAGAUUGCAGCCAAUCAGCUUCGACAUCAGCUUGAAGAUCAAGACACAGAAAUUGAAAGACUUAAAUCUGAGAUUAUAGCUCUCAAUAAAACAAAAGAAAGAAUGCGACCUUAUCAAGGCAACCAGGAAGAUGAGGAUCCAGAUAUUAAAAAAAUUAAAAAGGUUCAGAGCUUUAUGCGGGGCUGGUUAUGUAGAAGAAAAUGGAAAACUAUUGUCCAAGAUUAUAUUUGUUCUCCCCAUGCAGAAAGUAUGAGAAAAAGGAAUCAGAUAGUUUUUAACAUGGUGGAGGCUGAAUCUGAAUACGUGCAUCAACUUUAUGUUCUUGUGAACUGUUUUCUGCGGCCCUUAAGAAUGGCUGCAAGUUCAAAGAAGCCACCUAUCAGUCACGACGAUGUUAGUAGCAUUUUCCUCAACAGUGAAACAAUCAUGUUUCUUCAUGAGAUAUUUCACCAAGGCUUAAAAGCAAGAAUAGCUAAUUGGCCUACCUUAAUACUAGCUGACUUAUUUGACAUUCUGCUGCCAAUGCUGAACAUAUAUCAAGAAUUUGUUCGGAAUCAUCAAUAUAGUCUACAAGUACUGGCAAACUGUAAGCAAAACAGAGAUUUUGACAAACUCUUGAAGCAAUAUGAAGCCAACCCAGCAUGUGAGGGGCGAAUGCUGGAAACUUUCCUUACUUACCCCAUGUUUCAGAUUCCUAGAUAUAUUAUAACACUUCAUGAACUUCUGGCUCACACACCACAUGAACAUGUUGAGCGAAAAAGCCUUGAAUUUGCUAAAUCUAAACUAGAAGAACUCUCAAGGGUGAUGCAUGAUGAAGUGAGUGACACAGAAAACAUCCGGAAGAACCUAGCCAUAGAAAGAAUGAUAGUAGAAGGCUGUGAUAUAUUACUAGAUACCAGCCAGACUUUUAUACGCCAAGGUUCCCUUAUUCAAGUUCCUUCAGUUGAGAGGGGAAAACUUAGUAAAGUUCGUCUAGGAUCAUUAUCUUUGAAGAAAGAAGGAGAAAGGCAGUGCUUCUUAUUUACAAAACAUUUUUUAAUUUGUACAAGAAGUUCAGGAGGAAAACUGCAUCUGCUCAAGACAGGAGGUGUUCUGUCUUUAAUAGAGUGCACGCUGAUUGAGGAGACAGACGCGAGUGAUGAUGAUUCAAAAGGUUCUGGCCAAGUGUUUGGACAUCUUGAUUUCAAGCUUGUAGUUGAACCUACGGAUGCUCCUCCUUUUACUGUUGUCCUUUUAGCCCCAUCACGACAGGAAAAAGCUGCGUGGACAAGUGAUAUAAGUCAGUGCAUUGAUAAUAUAAGGUGCAAUGGUUUAAUGACCAUAGUGUUUGAAGAAAACUCAAAAGUCACGGUGCCACAUAUGAUCAAAUCUGAUGCUCGUCUUCAUAGAGAUGACAUUGAUAUCUGCUUCAGCAAAACACUGAAUUCCUGCAAAGUACCCCAAAUCCGUUAUGCAAGUGUCGAGCGCCUUUUGGAGCGGCUAACAGACUUGCGAUUUCUAAGUAUUGAUUUCCUGAAUACGUUCCUACAUACUUACCGCAUAUUUACUACUGCAGCUGUUGUACUGGAAAAACUUUCAGACAUAUACAGACGGCCCUUCACUUCCAUUCCUGUCAGGUCUUUGGAGUUAUUCUUUGCCACCAGUCAAAACAACAGAGGAGAGUACCUGGCUGAUGGGAAGUCACCACAUCUCUGUCGCAAGUUUUCUUCUCCUCCUCCAUUGUCACUUUCCAGAACUUCCUCACCUGUCAGAACCCGAAAACUCUCGUUGACCUCACCACUGAAUUCAAGGAUUGGUGCCCUUGACCUCUCUACUUCAUCUGUGGCAAGCAGUCCUACCUCGACCUACAGCCCGGCCACCUCCCCACCACCAACAGGUAGCAAAGUACCGCUGGACCUUAGCAAAGGGCCCUCCUCUCCUGAGCAAAGCCCUGGCUCCAUAGAGGACAGCUUGGAGAACCCUCGUGUUGACCUCUGUAACAAGCUGAGGAGAAGCAUUCGAAGAGCAGCAGUUCUAGAAUCUGUGUCAGUGGACCGGACAAUUCCUGAAAGCACUUCAGCAGUGGAUACCACAGAGCUUUCCCCAUGUAGAUCCCCUUCAACACCACGUCAUCUCCGCUAUCGCCAGCCAGGAGUACAAACUGCUGACAAUAGCCACUGUUCGGUUUCUCCUGCUUCUGCUUUUGCUAUUGCUACAGCUGCGGCAGGGCAUGGGAGUCCACCAGGAUUUAACAAUUCUGAACGCAUGUGCGACAAAGAGUUCAUAAUACGCAGAGCGGCCACGAAUCGUGUCCUAAAUGUCUUGCGCCACUGGGUCUCCAAGCAUUCUCAGGAUUUUGACCUGAACAACGAGCUGAAAAUGAAUGUGUUAAAUUUGCUGGAAGAAGUUUUGAGAGACCCUGACCUUCUGCCACAAGAAAGGAAAGCUACUGCAAAUAUACUGAGGGCUCUUUCCCAGGAUGAUCAAGAUGAUACCCAUUUAAAAAUAGAGGAUAUCAUUCAGAUGUCAGAUUGUCCAAAACCAGAGUGCUUUGAGACUUUGUCGGCCAUGGAACUUGCAGAGCAAAUAACUCUUUUAGAUCACAUAGUUUUCCGAAGCAUACCAUAUGAAGAGUUUCUUGGGCAGGGCUGGAUGAAAGUGGAUAAAAAUGAGAGAACACCGUAUAUUAUGAAAACUAGUCAACAUUUUAAUGAUAUGAGUAACCUUGUUGCCUCCCAAAUCAUGAAUUAUGCUGAUGUCAGCUCCCGGGCUAACUCAAUUGAAAAGUGGGUAGCAGUAGCUGAUAUCUGUCGAUGUAUGCACAAUUAUAAUGGUGUGUUAGAAAUCACGUCAGCCUUGAACAGAAGUGCAAUCUACAGACUUAAGAAAACUUGGGGUAAAGUAUCCAAACAGAGCCAAUCACUUAUAAGUAUUGGACAGAAUACAUUCAAUUUUCAUGGGCAGAGCAAAUAUAACUUAAGGGAAGUCAGAGAAGCUGUUUGUCUUAGAAAUGAAUGUAACCCAUUGAUUAGAAGUACGUUAAGUAGUAAAGAGUUCAUUUGUAACCCACCUGCUGUUCCCUACCUUGGAAUGUACCUGACAGACCUGGCAUUCAUUGAAGAAGGAACACCAAACUUCACUGAGGAAGGUCUUGUAAAUUUUUCCAAAAUGAGAAUGAUCUCACAUAUUAUCAGGGAAAUACGCCAGUUCCAGCAGACGUCCUACCGCAUAGAGCAUCAGCAGAAGGUCACUCACUAUUUACUUGACAAGACACUCAUCAUAGAUGAAGAUACCUUAUAUGAGCUUUCCCUAAAGAUUGAACCCAGACUCCCUGCCUGA